UUGGCAUCUGACACCUGGUCGUGCGAAUCUGCCGGCAUGGCGCCAAAAAAGAAGCCACCAAAGGCUGAGGGUGAGCCCGAUGCAUUGGAAGAAUUCCUGAAGAAAUAUGGCAAGAAUCAAAAGGAGUACGAUGUGCCGAAGAUCGCACGCGUCCAAGAGAUACUGCAAAAGAUUGACGAAGGGGAAGAGAUGAAGUGCUGGAACUUCGACUCAGAGUUUGAUCCCAUGGCCUUCCAGAUCCUUUGCCACACCCUGCGGCAGGCCAACUACAACGACAUCGAGGCCAUCCGGCUUUGGAAAUGUGGAGAUGGAGACAAGGCCGUGCGUGCAGUGUGUUACUACCUGGAUGGUCAGAUUGGUGAGCAGGGUGUCAAGGAUGUUCAGUUCACCGACAACGGCGUCACAGAGCUGGGCUGCGAGUUCUUGGGCCGGACCUUGGGGCCCAAUGGCAACAAGUUGGUGAACCUGCUGCGCAUGGACUACAACCAGUUCGGAACGCCGGGGGUGCUCCGGCUCUCCGAAGGGCUCAGCCAGAAUCACACGCUGAGACAUCUUUCCUUGAACUAUUGCAAUAUCGGAGAGGACGGUGGCGAGUACCUUGCUCACAUUCUCAUCUUCCACCGGAAUGCUCUUGAGAAACUAGAAUUGCAAGGAAACUACCUCAGAGAACGAGGUGUCGUGGAUGUCUUUAACGCCUGCAAGCGCAAAACUGCCCUCACGGAGAUCAACGUGUUUGACAACAAAUUCUCGGACACCCCAGAGGUGGUCAAGGCCUUGCGCGAGCUCUUCGCGAACAACACCACCUUGGCCGUUUAUGACUUAGGAGGCAAUCAUAUCAGCGAUGAGGGAGCCAUGAAAUUGAUUCAUGGCCUCAUCGGCCAGCCUCAUGUGGAGAAGGUGAAGAUCACCGAGCGUGUGGCGGCGAAGACCCACGAGGCCAUCAAAGACCAGGUGGAGAAAGGGAAAUCGAAGAAGAAAGGCAAGAAGAAGUGAGCUUCUGGAAAGGAGAUACGGCGGCUUCGGAGGCAGGAGAUGCGCCUGUCAAGGCCAAAACUUAUGGAACAUGCCCCUCUCCCGGCUUUUCGAGGGUAGCAAGUUAGCAAGAUACCCAUUUCUGAGCCAGGUCAUGCAUGGUUCUAAAGCAAAUCGAACUUGCGGACCUUGCCAAGUCGUCUUGAGGUGUCUUGUCAAAACGACAUAGCACACGCAGACAUGUACAGACUGCUGAUUUGCCAAAUCUAAUCCAUCUCAGCUAAGACCAGAGAUUCCUUUGCGAUAGUUGACUGGCUGUGUAGGUGACAUGAACGCCACAACAACCAG